CUCUUUCUGCUCCGAUUUGUUCCUAGCUUUUUCAUUUCGCGCCUCAUCUCGCACCCGCUCUUUUCUCGUUUGCUUUCUACAUUCACGUUAUUUAUUCAGCCAUGACGGACCGGGAGCCCACACAGUUUGCAUUCCGCACAUUGAAGGAUCUUGGUGUUUGCAAUGCGCCGCCAUACGCCAGCAACCUUCCGUUGGCCGAUAAGCCCACAGAGGAGGUCAAGGCUCUGAGAUACAGCCCCGACGGGCAGUACCUGGCGUGGGCUAUCACCAAGGAGGUCCGGAUUGUUGAUGCGUUUACGCAGCAGACAGUCUCCGUCAUCCCUCUGGCAAAUGUCGCCGACGUGCAGUUCUCUCCGCGCGGCACAUACGUGAUGACAUGGGAGCGGUACAGCAAGUCUGACGACCCCAGCGUGAGCAACAACCUGAAGGUGUGGGUGACAAAGACGGCUGAGCAGUGCGGGCGGUUUGUGCAAAAGGCGUAUGCAGACUGGGCUCUGCAGUGGACGGAUGACGAGCAGUUCUGCGCCAAGCUGUAUUCGGGUGAGGUGCGGUUCUUUGCACCGGCAGCGAUGCAGAAGCCAGCGAUGGUGCUGAAGCUCGACAAUGUCUCGACGUUCUCACUGUCCCCCGGACUGUCGCCUUCGGUGGCAGUGUUUGUGCCCGAGAAGGGCGGCAAGCCGGCGCUGGUGCGCAUGUACACUGUGGGCAGCUUUGCGCGGCCAGUGGCCAACAAGACGUUCUUCAACGCCGACAAGGUCGAGUUUUACUGGCACAAACUGGGCACCAAUCUGCUGGUCCUGACGCAGACCGAGGUUGACAGAACAGGUCGGAGCUACUACGGCGAGUCGAGUCUGUAUUUCAUGGCGGCAGCAGGCAACUUUGACUGCCGCGUGACGCUGGACAAGGAGGGUCCGAUCCACGACGUCGCCUGGAGCCCCGUCGAGAAAGAGUUUGUAGUGAUCUACGGCUUCAUGCCGGCGAAAGCGGCGCUGUUCAACCAUCGCGCUGAGGAGGUCUUUGACCUCGGCGUCGCACCGCGCAACUUUGUGCGCUUCAACCCGCACGGCCGCGUGCUGGCCAUCGCUGGCUUUGGUAACCUGUCGGGCCAGGUUGACCUGUGGGACCGCAAGAAGCUCAAGAAGAUCGGGACUGUCGACGCCCACGGUUCGUCGAUGUGUGAGUGGGGUCCCGACGGUCGGUAUCUGAUGGCUGCGACUCUGUCGCCGCGUCUGCGUGUCGACAACGGCAUCAAGAUCUGGCACUACUCGGGUUCGCUCGUGUACAACCAAGACAUGACCGAGCUGUAUCAGGUCGACUGGCGUCCGGCUAGCGUAGCCAAGUUCCCGCAGCAGCGCUCCGCUCUGAGCCCGGUGCCUGCUGGUCUCACUGUGAUUGCCCCCAGCGUUAAGCCCACUGCCAAGCCCUCCGGUGCCUACCGCCCGCCGCAUGCACGCAACCGCCCAGCCGGUGAUGACUCGCCUCGGUCUCUGUCUGACAUGGCUGAGCGCAAGGCCUUUGGCGGCGUUGUCAAUGCCAACCGUGCUGUGCCUGGCGCUCCUGCCAAGGUGCCUGUGGGUGCGAGCCCGGAGCAGGCAAGCAAGUCGAAGAAUCGCCGCCGCAACCGCGGCAAGAAGAGCAGCGAGGAGAAGGCCGAGGCCAAGCCCGAGUCCCCGAAGCCAGAGGAGCCGAUUACCGAGGUCGAUAUUCUGAAGAAGGUGCGGAACAUCAAGAAGAAGAUUGGUCAGAUCGAGGCCCUGGAGGUGCGCAAGAACAGCGGCGAGACUCUGGAGGCGAACCAGAUCGCCAAGAUUGCUUCCAAGGUCAGUCUUGAGACCGAGAUCGAGCAACUCAACCAGAAGCUUGCCAAGCUUUCCGCCUGA